UGACGUACAGACCAUCAAACGUGUAGUGUCAGCAACUAUUGAAAUUCCAAACCAAAGGCAAAGAGUGAUGCCUAUAUAAGGUUAUUAAUAAGAGAGAAGCAUCCACCAUCUUCAGCACCAAUGAAACCCAUGAAUCUUCUAACUUUACUCAGCUUCCUCAGCCUUUGUGUUUCUCUAUUACCCUCCUUUGCAGUCUCAGCAAUUCUAUUUCAGGGUUUCAAUUGGGAUUCAAGUAAUAAAGGAGGAUGGUACAACUCACUGAAGAAUUCUAUACCUGACCUCGCUAAUGCUGGAAUCACUCAUGUCUGGCUUCCUCCUGCUUCUCAAUCUGCUGCUCCCCAAGGAUAUCUGCCUGGAAGGCUAUAUGAUCUCGAUGCCUCAAAAUAUGGAUCUAAGGAUGAAUUGAAGUCACUGAUUGCGGCUUUCCAUGAGAAAGGAAUUAAAGUCGUUGCUGACACAGUGAUAAACCACAGAAGUGCUGAGAAGCAAGAUGGGAGAGGAAUAUGGUGCAUCUUUGAAGGUGGAACUCCAGAUGGACGUCUUGAUUGGGGACCAUCCUUCAUUUGCAAGGAUGACACAGCCUAUUCUGAUGGCACAGGGAAUCUUGACUCUGGAGGGGACUUUAGUGGUGCACCUGACAUUGAUCAUCUUAAUCCACAGGUACAAAAAGAGUUGUCAGAGUGGAUGAAUUGGUUGAAGACUGAAAUUGGAUUCGAUGGAUGGCGUUUUGAUUUUGUGAGAGGAUAUGCCGCCAAUAUUACAAAGAUUUAUAUGGAACAAACUAAACCAGAAUUUGCAGUUGGAGAGAAUUGGGAUUCCCUUUCCUAUGGGAAUUAUAGCAAGCCUAAUCCCAACCAAGAUGCACACCGUGGUGCGUUAGCUGAUUGGAUUCAGGCUGCUGGUGGGGCUGUCACUGCCUUUGAUUUCACAACCAAAGGGAUUCUUCAAGCAGCUGUGGAAGGAGAGUUAUGGAGGUUAAAGGACUCUAAUGGGAAGCCACCAGGGCUGAUUGGAAUAAAGCCAGAAAAUUCUGUUACUUUUAUUGAUAAUCAUGAUACCUGGUCUCAAAAGACUUGGCCAUUCCCCUCUGAUAAAGUCAUGCUGGGAUAUGUUUACAUUCUCACCCAUCCUGGGACCCCAACCAUAUUCUAUGAUCACUUCUUUGAAUGGGGUCUAAAGGAUGAAUUAAGCAAAUGGAUUGCGAUUAGAUCAAGGAAUGGGAUCAACACCAAAAGCACUGUGAAUAUUUUAGCGUCUGAAGCCGAUUUAUAUAUGGCUAGGAUUGAUGACAAGAUCAUUAUGAAGAUUGGGCCAAAGUUGGAUCUUGGAAACCUUGUUCCCUCAAAUUUCCAGGUUGUUGCCUCUGGCAAAGACUACGCUGCGUGGGAGAAAAAGUGAAGACUAGAAACGACUUUUUACAAAAUCAGAAUGGUUCAUGGAGCCUAUUAUUGUUAGUUUGUUACUAACACAUUUGUCUCUAUGAUGAGUGUAGUGUAAAGAUCUAUAUAUUGAUAGAAUAAAAUUUUACAGAAGCUUAUAAUAGAUCAA